GUCCGGUCCAGUCGUCUGCCCGGCUGAGUCUGUAUUAGCACCAUUGAUACACCGGAAUCGCAUGCUGUGUUCGGUAUAACGUGUAUGUGAUGGAUUUUACAUGUCUGCUGUCGUUUAUCAGCAUAGUCUGGGCAAUAUCCACAGUGGAUGCUGGCAACUCCAGAGUCCUUGGCACGGAGGAACUCAUCGAAAACCAUGGUCACCGACAUCAUAGCAGACACUCGGUCCCUACCGAAGAUGGUUACUUGGUAAACAUGUUUCGCAUCAAAGGUCGCGGCGGCCCUCCAUUUUUGCUGUUGCACGCGCUUAUGGGAGCGUCCGACCAAUGGUUUCUCAGAGACAGACAACACGACUUACCGUCGGUAUUGGCCAACAGUGGUUAUGACGUCUGGCUGGGAGACUUCAGAGGAAACAUAUAUUCUCGAGAUCACAUCAAGCUCAACGCAUCCGAACCGGAAUACUGGAAAUUCAGCAUUGACGAGUGGAUUUACUACGAUGUGCCGGCAAUGAUCGACUACGUUUGCCAGGAAUCCGGAUACGACCAAAUAUACUUGGUCACCUAUUCGCUGAGCAGCGCCGUUUUCUUUUCCACGGUGGCCAUUAGACCGGAAUACAACGAAAAGAUCAUCGUCAGCUAUCAUCUUGCCCCGUUUGUGGCGUUUUCCAACAUCAAGUCGGUGCUCCUGCGUCUCGGCCUUCAGUUCAGUCAACAGUACUUGACAGUAGCCAAGAGUCUUAAAGUCUAUGAACUGUUCCCACGCAACGAGAGGGCGAUGGACUUGUUGUCGUUACUCUGCGGCAAAAAUUCCACAUUCUUGCGGUCGUGCAUUUCAAUCGUGUCCGACUUUUUCGGAUUCGAUACUUCCGGCAACGCGACGGCGGACCUCGACUUCAAAUUGAGCUAUUCGAGAGCAGGAGUUUCGCUGAACAGUAUAGAGCACUUGGUGCAAAUAUUGAGAUCCGGCAAAAUGCAACACUACGAUUUGGGAAUCUUCCAGAAUCUAAAAACAUACGGUCAAUACAGGCCACCAGAGUAUGAUCUGAGAAAAGUCACCUCGCCGGUUGUUUUAUAUUACAGCAAAAACGACAGAAUUGUCGACAAACAAACUAUUGACAAACUAUCCACGAUUCUGCCAAACGUACAACAAACGAUAAAUGUAAAUCACGAUACAUUUGGACACAUAGACUACGCGUUCAAUAUGAAAGCCAAGUCCCUCGUUUUCGAUUCCAUUAUCGACAUAGCUCAAAAGUUCCGGAGCAGUCGCCAUUUCAAAAAAGCGUAUCUAGUUAAUUAAUAAUCAAGUACGCCGCAAAUUUCAAAUUGUUACGGGUUAAGCGAUGGACGACCUGCCUACAUGCCAAAGCGAAUUUAUACAUUUUACCUAUAUACUUGUAAGUUUUACACUUUACACCUCGUGCUUUUAAGAGCUGGAAGUAUUUUUAUUUAUUAAAACAUGUAAAUUUAUUAAUAUAAUAGUCAAUGUGUUUUAUUUGUUUUUUCUUAAUGUCAUGUAGGUAUUUGUUUUAUUUAUUAUGCCUUAAUUUUAUUUGAGUUUUCAUAAAAGAACAACUACUUUGACAAUA